UCCAACUGUCCUCUUCUCUCUGCCACUGCAGCACACUCAACACUGUCUCUCGCUCUCUUUAGCUCAGAACCGCCACAAUGCGGCUCUCCGCCGUUGUCUCUCUACUGAUACUACUCUCCUCCACCGCCACCCUCACCAAUGCGCACAACAUCACUCGCCUACUCGCCAAGCACCCUGCUUUCUCCACCUUCAACCACUACCUAACCUUAACUCACCUGGCCGCCGAGAUCAACCAACGGACAACCAUCACCGUAUGCGCCAUCGACAAUACCGCCAUGUCAGAGCUUCUCUCCAAGCAUCCUUCCAUCUACACAAUCAAGAACAUUCUCUCCUUCCAUGUUCUCUUAGACUACUUUGGUGCAAAGAAGCUCCACCAGAUAACCAACGGCUCAGCACUCGCCGCCACCAUGUUCCAGGCUUCAGGAUCUGCACCGGGAUCUUCAGGAUUCGUUAACAUCACUGAUAUGAAGGGAGGGAAGGUGGCAUUAGGACCGGAGGACAACGGAGGGAAUUUUAGUGUGUACUUCGUUAAAUCCUUGGAGGAAAAGCCUUACAACAUUUCGGUUAUUCAGAUCAGCAAUGUUUUACCGUCGGAAGUGGCUGAGGCUCCGACGCCGGAGCCGAGCCAGAUGAAUUUGACUGACAUAAUGUCGGGUCAUGGUUGUAAGGUUUUCGCCGAUACUUUGCUGGCUAAUCAUGAAGCUUCAAAGACAUAUCAGGACAAUCUUGAUGGCGGAUUAACAGUGUUUUGCCCUCUUGAUGAUCCAUUUAAAGCCUUCCUACCCAAGUUCAAGAACUUAACAGCAGCUGGCAAAACAUCACUACUUUUAUUCUUUGGUGUACCUGUCUAUCAAUCUCUAUCUAUGCUAAAAUCCAACAAUGGUCUCAUGAACACUCUGGCUACUGAUGGGGCAAGCAAGUUUGAUUUCACAGUGCAAAAUGAUGGUGAGGAUGUGACAUUGAAGACAAGGAGUACCACAGCCAAAAUUACUGGGACUUUGAUAGAUGAGCAGCCAGUUGCUGUAUAUACCAUCAACAAGGUUUUGUUGCCUGAAGAGUUGUUCAAAGCAGAAGCACCAACCCCUGCUCCAGCACCUGCCCCAGAGAAAGCCGCAGAUGCACCAAAAUCUAGUAAGAGUAAGGACUUGUCUUCAGCACCAUCAGACUCGCCAGCAGAUGCACCGGCAGACGACUCAGCUGAUCAAGCAGCUGAUGAAAAUGCCAGUGUGAGAGUUUAUGGUGGAAGACUUGUUGCUGUGGUGUUAAGUUUGUGGUUAGGGCUUUUGAUGCUAUAAGUAGGUAUUCGUUUUCACCAAGUUUGUGGGGGAAAAUAAGUCAGAGCCCUUAAUGGGCAUGUUAUUACUUAGUGGGGAUGUGUUUACUCUUUUUCUUUUCUUUUCUUUUUUACAAUUAUUUUUAGUAUGUGGUAUUUCUAUUUAUUUUUUUAUUCAAGGGGAUGUUCAGAGGUUUGUGAAUUCUAUUUUGUAAUAGAAGCUGUAGAUCUAUGGAUUGACACUGUUAUUGUCGCUAAUCAGGAAGAUUUUGGCAUAGUAAUAUAAAAACUGUUAUUGUGUGCAA